AUGGGCUUCGCUAACGAAAGGAGUCUUUCGCUCCAAGCGAACCCGUUAAUCCACAUCCAGGGGUUCGCCGUCGGCAUCCAAGCCGCCUAUCGGCACCCGGACGUCGACGACAUUAGCAGCGCGAUCUUCGCGAAGGUGGCGAGCGAGACCCCGGACCACAUCAAAGGAAGGCAUGCGGGCGUCUACAACCUCCGAGCGACGAGGCCGGGGGACGCCGCCAGAGGACGAGAUGCCUUGAGUUCUCAGAGAGAGAUGUUCUAUUUCCUGAACAAGAUGGCUUCGAUUUGUGAGGACUUGGACUUGCCUGACGAGGAGGACUCGGAAUCGGACGAGGAGCGCACUGACCCUCCAGGGAGGAUUACAAAACGGCACUUCAAAGUUCGAGUCAUGAGUCUGAUGCUCAGGCGGCUGCGAGAAGAAAGCAUCGUUACGAACCGCGGCAUCAUCGACAACAUGGAGCUCCAGAACGUGUUCCACGACGCCGUAGAAAAGGUGCUCUUAGAUUUCCAGGACCCGUUCGGACCGAAAGGAGCCGGAAUUCUACUACGGCUUGCGGAUAAUCAUUCCAAAGCAGGAGCGGUCGCGCAGAAAGGGAUUGACCAUACUUUCGUCAACGACAAGCGAAGGGCGCAAAGGAGGAUGAAAGAGGCUCAGGCCAAGCAGUCUGAGGAAGGCAAGGAGCAGAAGGAGGUCGCUGACUCGGAGAUGAAGCAGGCCUUUCUCGAAGCUGAAGGCAUGGUCGACGCGGAGCUCAUCGACUACAUGGCCGACCGGCUUACCGAGAAGGGAGCCUUUCCGAAGGAGGGCCCCGCUCUGCCCGACGAUUUCAAAUUGUCGAGCAAAGAGGCGACAGAUGCAUCGGGAAGAAAAGUCGAGCCAGAGGAGCCAGGCCAGCCCCCGACAGAAGUCAGACCAGGCUGGCUCGGCGACCCGACCAUGAAUCUGACGAAGACAGGGAUGCAUGGGCCUCAGAUGGAGGCCAGGAUGCGCGCCCACCGCGCACAAGAGCAAGAGGCUCAACUGAAAGGUCUCGAGGAGAAGCUGACGAACGUUGCCGAGAUCAGGGAGGCCAGAAAGCUCCGGAGGCCACGACCCGCCUCGUCGGCUGCAGACGGCGCCCCCGCCGAAGCCAAUGCUCGGCCGAACAAGUCAGCUCGCGCAGGAGCCACGGUUGAGCCGGACGACGCGGACAACGCGAGCAUUGCGAAGCUCGGAGCUUACGUCCAAGAAGCUGUUGACCAUUUGCGUGCGGCGGCGUGCGGCGAAGCUGCCACCGCGCUGCACAGGUCCUUCGUGAAGGGAUCUGGAGCGAUUAGUCGGCAGCGGCGCAAAGCAGAGACAGACGAGAGCCGGAGCUUACGACCUAAGCUGGAACGCGCUGGGAGCGACGAGGCUCAGCAGGAGCAGGGGGAUGAGCAGAUGGACCUGUUCGACGAAACGGCGGACUUUGUGGAAUACCUCUUCCGUUCGACCAUCGAGCACGUGAAGGCCGAUCUUGGAGACCGACCUCCGAGUGGGGCGGGCGCGAACGCGACCACGCCUCGAGGCGCCUCGACCCCCGCGAAGAUGGAAGUGACGGAGUCUCAGGCGUCGACCUUAGAGGAGGUCAUCGCGACACCCGCUCAGAAGAAGGCCAGGAGCGGCACCUUCGAUGAGGAAGUGGCCCGGCUUACCCAGGAGAAGCUGGCAAGUCAGAUGGAGAAGCUCGACAAGGUCACCGGAGUGGAAGCGGCCUGCAGCGCGCAUUUUGAUCACGAGGUCGUCGUGCGAGCGCUGAAGGGCAUGUAUGACAAGAUCAUCUGCGUCGACCUCGCGGUCGACGACCCGGAUCAAACGGACCGGGCGCCACGCGCGGUAGAAAGGAGCGGAGACCUGAGAAGAAGCGCUCCGACGCAUGUGACGCCUCCCGUGCCAGGAGACACCCUUCUUCGAGCGGCCCGCCUUGCAGGACAGCCGAAUCGAGACGCUCGGCAGCUCCUCAAAGACGUGACCGGGCCCCGCUCGCAGAGUUCGGAGAAGCUCAACGCGGACCAAGUUAGGCUCGGAAUGGUCGCAAUCCUUACGGAGUCGAUGAACGUCUGGAGGGGCGACAUCAGCGUCGAGCAGAAGAAGCGGGUCCUACCUUAUCCUCAUAUAACGCAGGCACAGGGCGAGUUGAUCAGGUCCCGGGUGGACCCGACGGAACCCUACGGGCAGAUCGGUGGACAUGGAGAUGGACAUAAGAAGCCAGGAUAUAUCUACAAGAGAGAGCUCUUCGGAGGCGUCGUGGAGCGGACCAUCCUGUGGCCCUUUAUCCAUCCCUUUACCAAUCAACUGGGCUUCAUGACCGAACGAGAGGUCGGUCUCUGGGGUUACGAGCAGAAGCCUGAGGUUCGAGUUCCGCCUCGGGGUACCGAUACGAUCUGCCUCCACCAGUUGGCCGACAGGAUCACCCAGCAGGUUCGCUUCGGAGACAAGAACUGGGGCGCUGCUUACGCGAGACAGGUGAAACAGAGCCAGGACCAAAGGAUGACCCUCGUCGACUACUACAGAUGCUUCUACAUAGGAGAGCACACGGACGGAGCCGCUCACGAGCUGUUCGCGUGGCCGCGGCUCAGGAUUCUGUUGAACUUGAUGGGCACCCUCCUGAACAACGUGGAGUUGAUCUGGGCGGUCAUCCGGCUCGGGAUGCGCGACCUUCGCCGCCACGAAAGUUCGACCGAGAUGGCGGACAUCAGGAUUUGCGAGAUCACGAACUCCAUAGUGCACUGUGAAUGCUGGGAGGACCACAUCACGGCCCAGACGAAGGAAGCGCUGAGCCGAGGCCUCAGGGUCCUCUCUAUGGAUUGGCAGGACUUCCAGAACCUCGCGGAUAAGGAGUCCGUAUGGGACGCGGCCGCUGGAGGCCCAGAGCCGACCAUGCGGACGAUCGGCCGGAGAAGUCAUCGUGAGAGGGCCAAGGCCGACAGCGCGGCCUACGACCCUGAGCCAGAGCACAUCUUCAGCCAGAAGACGAACGCGGAAAUGAAGGAGUUGAUGUCUAGCUGUGCGAUGGGGGAGCGUAUCGCGAUUCGCGCGUUUCCCGAGCCUGACCGGAUCACGAGGUACUCGGACGUCGACCUGAACUUGAAGUUUGAUCAUCCAGACCAGAAAGGGCUGGAAGGCAAGCGCGAGCUCGUGUACCAGGUCAACCCGAUCGAGGAGUUCUUUCGCUUCAUGAGGGCACGGGAUACUCGUUCCGAGAACUCGGCCUACAGCCCGCUGCCUGAGCAGUCGCAGCAUUCGGACGACGAGAACCUGGCGCCCGAGAAGUUAUGCUCAGCCUGCGGGGGCGCGAUGUGCUUCCAAGGAGCGGACCGCUGCGCCCGGCAGAGGAGACCAGAAAGGCUGCGCGCAGUGGUUGAUGCGCUCUAUGGCCCAGCGAAGCAGGCCCUGGAUACCCUCGAGAAGGAGCCUCAGGAGCUCAGAGAGCUCCAGACCUGGACGCUUGGGGAGGCCUGGACACGAGUCAGGGAUUUCCGUCGCAGGACAGUGCGGCAGCUUACCUUGAUGGAGCGCAACCGUGGAGUGCGCUUUGGAUCCCAUGUCGGAAGACUGGCGUGCAAAGGAAAGGUGAUCGAACCAGGCACGGGGACCAAUAUGUGGAGCGAAGCGGAGAUUGCGACACGCGUGGUUGCCCAGCUCCGCGCGGUCGAAGACUGGACCGGGGACCGCUUCACGACCGGAGCCGAAGAUGACGUAGCGAUACGCGCGUCGAUCUCGACCAGGCCGAAGGAGGGGCCGGUGCAUGAGUCGCUGACCCGGCAGCUGCUUCAGAGUCGGGCGGCGGGGGCCCUCGACCUUGCCAUCCAAGCAGCGCGUCAGGUCGGUGCGCAGAGCAAUCUCGCUGCGUUGUUGAUCCCAAGCUUGCUGGAGCAGUUCCUGACUGACUGCCCUAUGGCGGACAUGGCCCCGGUGGACUACGGCGGGGGCGCGCCCGCCAAGACGAAGAUGAUGAUUUUAGUCAAGAUUCUCUACAAGGUAUACGAGAAGGGCCGGCAAGAUGCUGGAAGACAGCCGGCGGACUACCCCACUGGCAUUCUCGACCAAGCUGGAGAGAUAGCCCUAGAGAGAGUCGGGGCGACGCUGGUCAGAAGCAGGAUGAAUGACCGGAAGUACGCGUGCAUCUUGGAGAAAGGUCUGGACGAGCACGCGAAGGUGAUUAUCUACGCGGACGUGAUGGCGGCUGGAACGAAGUGGAUGCAGUCCCUCGGAGCGUUGAAGGCUUCCGGAGUCAGAGCGAAGGCCAAAGCCACGGAUACCUGGGACGAGAUCGUGGACCAGAUGUCUGUGCUGAACUUCACGCCAGAAGACUUGGAAGCGGAUAGGGCCAGGAUGCGAGAGGAAGGCGAGGUCCUUUGUGUUUCUCCAGAAGACAACGACAUCCACCUCGUCAGGAGCGAGCUCAUGGAGGACAGCAUCAGAGCCGCCGGCGGAAGGCAGUAUCCCGUCGAGGACGAAGGCUACCUUCUGAUGAAGACGUCGAAUGUCAGAUCAGCGAUGAGGCGGAUGUUCCAAGCGAGGCAGCUCUGUCUGGACUCGUGGGCGCGCAGGCUCUGUGGCACGCCUAAUCAUCCGACGGCGACGAAGUGCAGAGGGGCGCUGACGAUUACCCGCGACCGCUGGGGACGAGACGUGUGGGGGAUACUGCAUAAUGACGCUAGGUAUGCGAGCCCAGAGUACCAGUCGAUCAAGUUGACGGCUGCGUGGCGAUUCCGAGAUGGUCGUGCCAACGAGGAAGAAGGCGAGGCCCGGUUCAGGGAGACGAACCUGGCCGACUCCAUCUUCUCCCCGUUCACUUGGGACGGCGCCGGGCUUGGCCAGUGGGUCGUGCUCUGCGAAGGAACCGCGGAGAAAAGCUUCGGAGGCAAGUUCAUGGAGAACGACGACCAUCGCGGGACGACGAGAACGAUGGCCAUCUUCGCGGCCCUGGCCAGGGCCGAAGGGGGCCAGAACUACUACGAAAGCCGAACGGACCAGCAGAUCGCUCGCGCAGUGCGGGACGAGAUGCAGGCCGACGCGGACUUGUUCGCCGACAGGGCGACGAUUUUCCACGGGCGGUGGAUCUCGCUUUGGCACACCGCAGGGGUCUUCAGGCAGGAAGGCCGAGAGCAUGAUCAGAGGCGUGCCGAAGCAGAAGCUAACGCGACAUACAGCACAGUUGACGGGAUCGCAGAGUUGGACCCCGUAAACAUCCUGGUCAGGCAGCGAACCCAAGGUCGCGCUAGCUCAUUCACCGUCUCCCUGAGGAAUGGCGUCGAGAACACUGAUACGAACGCGGAGAGGCUGAGGGGCAUUGUCAAGAAAGGCCUGACCCACAGGUGCGUGAUGAACAACUGGUCGAAGGCGCAGUGUUGGGAUUGCGGCACGUGGCCGCAUGGCUCCUAUCGGGAGCAGAGAGGCCGGUCGACCAUAGCCUACCUUUGCAGCGCGUGCAAUUCCGCAGGGGACAUGCGGGCAGCGCUCGUCACGACAAGCAGGAUCAACGAGACGAGCUGCCCUCACUGCGGGACGAGACAGAACGCGGAGGUGACCAAGUGGUGGCCGAAUCCAGCGAUCCGCGGGGAGCAGGUCCAGUUGAACCUCGAGCGGAUUCGGAAGGACCGCCCUGGAGUGCAGUUCCCAAGGAUCCAUUUCGGUAGCCGGCAAUGGAUGCCAUUUACGCCGAUGCCGGAUUUCUCGAUGCGGAAUCUGGAAGGCCUCACUGACGAGAACGGCCUCGAUGUCGGUACCAAGACGUCGCAGAAGCACACUAACUGGAUCAAGCACCACCCGGAUCGGAACAGAAUGACGAACGUCCCGUCGACGGAGUUCUCGAUGUUACGCCAAGCCGAAGAGAUCAAUGAGAGAAGGAUGGCAACCCUGUUGCGGCAAGGGAUAGAGCCAGGAUUCGUCAGAGACCGCCCGACCCAACGGGCGGGCGCGGCGACCCAGGAGCCGCCGCGGAGGUGCGUCGAGUGGAUCCGGAGCGAGACGCCCGGACGAGCCGAGGAAUCGAGGGGCGCACGCCCCCGUCUUGCCGGGCAGAUCGAGCGGAAGCGGCUAUGGGUCGAGCACCCGAGGCGACGCGACCACGCGCCCAGAUGCCACCGCACCUACCGCACCGGAGCGGAGGCCUGCGGAGCAAAGGCCCGCCCCGUAAAGCAGUUCUUCGCGAUGGGGCAGUCCUUCGCGAUGGAGCGGCUCGUGGUGGAGCAGCCGGACAGGCUGGGGGGCGGCAUCGCGGGCAUGGCGGCAGAGGAGGAGUCGACCUUUUCACUCUUGCUCAUGACUCUCGUCGUGCUCGGUCUGUCGAUGGUUGCCUUGUGCUACUGGAGAAGGACAGCUUCCUCUGGAAGCGUAGUGAUGGUGGAGUCCGCGGUGAAGAAGACGACCGUGAUCACGUUCAAAGCAGGGGCCUCGAUCGGGAGGCUCAGUGCGAAGAUCGCAUGGAAAACGGCCGAGACGCUGGGGCGCUACCUUUACUACGUACUGAAGACCGUCGUCAUCGAUAACAUGGUCUCAGAGAGGUGGAAGCAAUGGUUCCUGGAGAUCGCAUCGACGGUCAGGCUCCAGUUCGAAGAAGCGAUGGCUCCAGCAUGGGAGUGCGAAGGAUGUCGUCGGACCCAGCCAGCUGGCACGUCUCGGUGCACGACGGAAGGAUGCGGAGCCCCAGGGCCGAGCAUGGCUUACGGCGUGGCGGCGUCGGAGACGGAAGAGGACGGCCCUGUUGUCCAGGAUAGCCCGUCCCAGGAACCGACGGCCGACCGGCCACCGUCUCCUCGUCUGGAUCCCGAACCGUCGCUGCCCAGGCCAGCAGAGGCAGAAGACGAGCAUGAAGACGACCUGCCUCCUCUGGAAGAAGUCGCCCAGAUCUACCAGAGGUCGGAUGGAAGUUGGGAGCUUGUCUCGGAGUUAGCGCGAAAUUAUCUGAACCAACGUCGGACUAACUAUCGGAGGACUGGUCCAGCCGAGAUCGAUGAGAUGGUUUUGCGAGCAGUAUAUCCGGCGAUGAGGCCGAAGUUGGAAAGGCCGAUGCUCAUUCCUCUCUCUCACAUUGAGAUCGCGUGCAAGCGAAGAGGCUUACCAGUGACCGGCAGUCUCCAGAUGAAGUGCCUCUUCCUAGCCGCGUGCGAGAGCAGGAGGCGAACGUCUCCAGGUGGAAAUGUUGAUGCAGCUGUGGAUGGCCUUCCGCCGCCGCACCUUCGGCCCGUUGACGAUCGUGACCUUCGGUCCAGUGAGCGCUACAGGGAAACAGGCCAGGUCGAGUCGGAGAGGCAGGUGAUCGACGCAUUUCCUCCCCAUUUGCGGAUGACGCUCGAGAUCAUGAGGGACGAAGUGCGGACGGAAGACCUGGGCAGGAUCAUCCGGGGCCGCGGCCUCCCAGCUGGAGGAACGAAGCUUAUGAAGUGCAUCCAUCUUGCCGCAUGCUCGAAAAGUCGGGAGCUCUACUCCGACGGAGCGGUGGACACCGUUAUCGAGAUCCCGAACGUUACGACGCCCGCCGAGCAAAUUACGGAGACGGCGCGCGGACUCAUCGGGAUAACUCGAAUACGCUUGGAUGCGCAGAUAGCGAGCAAUGUCCUGGGUCUUCGCGGAGGCGGACCGAUACGGCCGCGGACGGACGGCGAAGAAGGCGCUGGAGGACUGAAUGAUCACAGUCCUUCGUUCCCUUCGCCUUUCGCUCAGCAGUACCUCAUGGUGGUGGGGAGCGUGACGUGUGUGGUCCUGGGCUUCCUCUUCCACGUUUUGAAGCUGCGGGCCGACGCGGCUGGAACAGGAGGCGCGUUUGUCAUCAACAGCACAUCAGCGACUGCUGGAGAAGUGAUCCGAGACCUGGGCAACUUAGCCCAGACGAUCAUCUCGACGCUGGAAGGCAUUGUCGAAGAAGUCGGGAUGACUUGGGGAUGGUUCGUACGCAGCGUCAGAGGCUUUACGAACCUAGUUCUACACAGCAGCUUGAUGUGGACCAGAUUCGUGAUUGCGGUCAUAGCGAUAGGCGCGAUCUUCCACCUGGUCGCCGCGAUUGCGGAGGACCCGGACAUGUUCUACUUCAAGGAUGGUCUCAAGUUCUUCUGGAACUUGAUGCGAAGUGGAUGCGCCUCUCUCUGCGGGAGGCGAAGGACGCGGUCGCAGCAACCCGCGCCUGUGCGAGGGCACGCCAUGCAGAGAGCAGCCGAUCGACAUGACGGCGCUCUGCGGAACACGGCGCCAAAGGAGGAGGUUCCCGCUGCAGAGCAAGAGGGCGGCAGCGUCGCGGCGGAUCCGAAGGCGGACAGCCCGACGGUCGACUCUGCGAAGGCGCAACAGGAUCAGCCUCAGGCCUGGGAUGGCGACCCUCGGGUCCGAAAGUGUCAUCGGUGCAAUGGAGUGGCCUCUCGUGCAUGCAGUGUGCGCUGGAAGAUGUGCUGCUACAAGGUGCGCUACCAUGAAGAGUCCGAGAGUUGCAUGUCUUGCUUUGGACUACGUCAAGAGCGGCGGGGCCUCGCGGAGACCCGCGCCAGCGACAGGGCCGGGGGCGAGACUGCGAGAGCCACCAUCGAGCCUUGGAUCGCGAGCGCCGGGCAGAACAUUCUUCCGAGAGUGAAGCUCAAACAAGUUCGCCGGCAAGAGAUACUCGCGGGCCGGCUGGAGACUGCGAUGGCAGGAGCCACUCGGCCUCUGCUUCCCUGGAAAGGCGGCAAGGUCGUGCGUGACCCGAUCUACGCGAUCGUCAAGGACCCUGCCGAGCUCCUGGCCCUGGACAUGAUCAUUGGCCUAGUCUCUGAAGAAGACCGCGACCAGGUCAGGUUCUGGAACGAAGGAGAGGCAGACAUGGAACCUCGAGCUCAGACACUCUUCAUGGGCUACGGCGCGCGGAAGUGGCUGGACGAACGACCCGAUCUCCGAUGGGUCCCAGUCCCGGCUGGGCAAGAAUACUAUCGCGAAGUUCCUCGACCUAGCGCGCCGCCGACUGCCGUCGGAGACCUCGCGGAGCCGAACGUCGAGAGAUGGUUGGUCAGAGGACCUUCCCGCGACAACGGGCGCGACGAGGCCAUUGUCUGCAAGAGGCUCUGGGACCAGCUGGAAGACAUGGAGGACGAGAGAUUGUUCUCGCACCCGAGCCACAGUCGGGUGAGCAUCUCGGACUGGCUCCGGUGUCUGAAGUGCGAUCAGAGCAUCAGCAAGCACGAGGAGCACGGCCGCGAGAUGUGCGUCCACUGCGCAUUCUUGACGAUGAGGUCCUUUAGGGCCAAUGCUAAGACGAAGCUGUUCGUGGGGAGCCGCCUGAACGACCUGUGCGGCUUGGACGGGUCGAGGCAGGAGGUGGUGUGGAAGAUCCCAGGGACAGUUGGGAUGGGUUCCGUUACGCGACAGAGCCAGAUCAGGACUCCGACGCGGAGCGAAGGAGGCGAUGCUGAAGCCAGACUGGAGAAAGAACUGGAGUCGGCUCGCCUCAAGAAAGAGAAGCAGACUUUGGUGAGCGUCCCUACCAAAGAGGGGGGAGCUGGCCUCGAAUCGAUCUGCGUCGAAGUCACAGUGAGCCCGACCCAGACCGAGAGCGAGCUCGACUGGCUGAACCGGAUUCAUCAGACCGAGGCUGCGUACCUCUGCUUAGGCAAGCCCCUCGAUCCAGACGACGAGGACCAGCUGAAGCUGCAGCAUUUGCUACGGCUAUUCUGCCCGAAGAUCGAGGACGCCAGGCUGCCAGCUAUGGUGGAGCCCGAAGUCGUGAUCUCGAAGUGUCACGGCAAGGACGUCACCUUCUGGCAGAUCACGCGGGACCUCGAAGGUACAGGAAGGCACGAGAUGAUGGUAUUCUUCAACCGCUUCGAGAAGUACAUGAUGCUCCCCAGACUGGACGGAGAGACACCCACGUACGAUAAUGCGUGGGAGUCAUUGCGGCGUCUCCUAUGGGGACUGGCAGCGAGUCUCUACAAGUUCUUGGAUCAGGACUACGACGACCCUGGAGUCUUGUUUGCUCAGACGGGGUCGAAGUGCGAGAUCUUCCGCUGGUUGACGACCAAUGGUGCCGCAGUAUAUCGGAAGUCGACUAUUGCUUGGGAGGACUUCGACCUCAGCGGUGUCUACGGCGCGGCGGACAAGAACGUCAGCACCUAUGACGCCCUGGUGAAGUACGACUUCGCCGGACUUGACCGGAUGCCAGCAAGAACCCAUCGCACCGUGCAAGGGGACUCGGAGAGGCGACCUGCAACGGAGUUCGAGAAAGGGCUCCUGGUGCAAUUGGAGGACCCGUCCGACCCAGAAGGCGGGCGAGGGCCGAUCUUUGUCCCGGCAGCGGAGACGACGAACGGCAAGGACCCUUCUCGGCGGAUUGUCCUGGAUACGCGAUCGGCAGUCACGGUCACGAGUAGCGACAUAGAUGCUGCAUCUCUCGCCCGAGCGAAUGCCGGGCCCCUCCGUAUGGUCACAGAUACCACCGGAAGGACCUCAGUGGCGCCCGCGCCGAUCAUUCCGGACGGGGUCGUCGCGGAAAGGACGAGACUGGCCUUGCAGCGGAUGUUCCCCUCCAGGAACGCGCGUUCAGGAACCGGCCCCUACAUCGACGGAGGGGCAGGACAGAGUCCGGCCGUGGUCUACCCGAACGGGGCCAACAUGCUCUUAGACGACCAGUUCGCUCGGGCCCGCUCCGAGCGGAUCAGACGGAGGAGCUUGCAAGCUUCGGGCUUCAACACGAAUCGAAGAGGGAAUGGCGAGUCCACGUCGACAGGAGUGGACAUCGCGGCAACGGGAUCGAGUUGGGACGGCAUCGAGGAUUUCUUCGAGACAUACAUGCCGGCAGCUGGGACAGCUACAGCCGUGCCUCACGUUGGACUACUGGUUCGGGACUUGGAUGGACUGAGCCGAGGCAAUGUUCAUUAUCGUGGGCACGCGGGAGAAGUGGCGAUCCCUGUCUUCUUCCCCUUUGAUGGGGCACAUGUUGUCGCUUUGUGCAACGGGAAGCAGACUCGCGAUCUCGUCUGCCACUUGCUCGACAGGGUCGUUGCGGGCGAGCCCGUAAGCCUGUUCGGCUACACCUUCGACCAUCCGAGGAUUGCGGAUCGAAUGACCGCUGCUGCUGGACGCGGGGCGGACGUUACGAUGGUUCUGAAUUCCGAGGAAGUCGAGGGCGAGACGAAGAACGCGAGGACGCCGAGCACUCUUUUGCGCAUGAUGGGGGAGCGCAAUGCCAUGGGAUGUGGGCCGAGCUCGACCGAGUCUCGGCUCAACGUGCGGAAGAGUCAUGGAACCGCUCUCCUCCCCAUCUACGCGUCCUGGGGGCGGACGCUUUCACCGGCCUUUCGGGGCAAGAAGGGCGCGCAGCAUAGCAAGGUGUUCUCUGCAGGGAAGUUCUCGAUCGUCGGAUCGACGAACUGGGCGGUUUCGAGCGAAGCGAAUCAGGAGCUUGCCGCGGCGAUGUACAUCGAGCCGAAUGGGUUGGCUUUUCGUUCUCAGGUUCUCGCCGACAUGUCGCAGAUGGCUAGGGCCGCGACCUAUAAGGAGAUGCAGGAGACAGACCACGAAGCAGACCCGAUCGAUCUGACGGGUGAGAGCUGGAGGAACGACGGCGGGAUGAGGACGGAGUGA